GAGAGUGAGAGAUGUUAAAAGAGCAAGCAGGAACUCCCUCUCCUAGGUGUUGCUCCAUUUCUUCCACACUUGAGGAACAUUGAAAAGAAUCGAGGACAGGUGUGUAUUUUUUUAAGCUCCACAUCACCUCCAUGGCUGACAAAAACACAACACAGACCCCUGCUAACUCCAGCAGCCAAUUGCAGGACGACGCUUCCAGGGGAAUCCAAAUUACAGUCACUCUGCUUAUUUUCCUGGUGGGCGUGCCACUGAAUGGGUUGGUGGUCUGGGCACUUGGACUACGGGGUCGGCGUCACCUGGUGCGCAGAGGAAGCACAGAGGAAACGCGUGCUGCCAGCAGCUUCAGAGUCUACGUCCUGAACCUGGCCAUGGCUGACCUUAUCUUGCUCCUACGGACUCCUCUCAUGGUUGGCUUCAUCGUUAACAAGUACAGUUGGCCAUUUGGAAAGGAAUUCUGUCACCUGGUAAUGUUCCUGCGAUGUUUUGGGCUGUACGCCUCCGCUUUCCUCCUUUGUGCUGUGGCUCUGGAGCGUUGCUUGUGUCUACUCAGGCCCGUGUGGGCUCGACUGAAACGACCCUCCUGGGCUGUUCCUCUGGUAUGUGGAGUCCUGUGGCUGAUGGCCUUCAUCUUUUCUGUCCCCUACAUUUACUUUGCUGAACUGAAGAACGUAACCGGCACAUACCAUUGCGUGGAGAGCGGAAAUUUUAAUCUAGGAUUGUUUCUGACAGAAACAAUAGCUGGCUUCAUAUUGCCUCUCAUGGUAUUCGUGGCAAGUAACUUGGCUGUUUUGCUCACCAUUAACAAAGCCAUGCCUUCAACACCGAGUGGCACAACGCCAUCGAUGGCACGCAAGAUGACCAGGAUGUACCAUGUGCUCUUUUCCACCAUGGUCCUCUUUCUCACCUGCUGGGUGCCCUACUUUGUCUGUCGUUUCGUGCAAGCCCUGGCAGAGAACAACACUGCAUUGCACUAUUCAGCAACGAAGGCCGUAUAUAUCUCUCUGUUUCUGGUGUACAUCAAGAGUGCUCUUAAUCCUGUGCUGUACGUGUUUGCUGCCAGAGGCCUGGGCCGUGCCAUCAAAAAUUCACUCGUCUCAACAAUUGAAAAACUUUUCAAUGAGGAAUCCUACGAGUCCAUACGAAGGAAGUCACUCAAGAGCUCCCAGAUCUAAUCCAGAUGUUUAGAAAUGUUUUGAAAUAAUACUCAUUGACAACCUCAUCCAUUCAUUUUCUAUCCACUCCGAGGAGGGGCUUCAGUAGCCAAGGGGCAAGAGAAAGGGUCCACCCUGGGCAGGUCACCAGAACCACACAUGACAACAAUGUUAAACUCAAGAGCAGUUUAGAGUGACUGAUUAACCUAAUCGCUAUUUUUGGACGUUGAGAGGCCACCAAAAUACCUGGAGUGAAGUCUACAAAGAAAGGACAUUUUUGAGCCCAGGACUUUCUGUGAAGCUUUGGUUGAUGUUUUUUUUUUUUUUUAAGCUUUAUUGUCCUCCCCUUCGACUCUUCCUGCUUCCCCCAAUAUAAACAUUGUAAAUAAAAUCUAAGGAAUGUUACUGUGAAGCACUUUAUGUCAAUGUUUUUCAAUGUGCAUAUGAGACAGAGAAACAUGUUUUUAUGAAUGUAUAAAAUGUAUUUUGAAAUUGUGUGUUUUUGAACCUAUUA